AUGGACAGUCAUGGCCAGUAUUCUAAUCGCGGUCGCUCUCCCUCCGCCAGCGUGAAUAGCCGGAAUGUCAGCCCAUCGCCGCAUCCCUCUCCCUACCACGAUGCUUCUGCCGCUGGGCUUAUGCUGGAUUCAUCUUCAUUAGGGACGACGGCGGGAACCUAUUCAAAUCUUGCCCUCCCAUCAUCGCUUGCCGAGUCCAAUGCGUACGGAGUGAAUAAUGCCUUUCUAGCCGCGCCAUCGCAUACCUCCUCCCACCGCGAGAACCUCGUCGCUCAGAAUGACCAAUUCUCCUCUGCCUUUGCAGCCACCUUCGCUGAUCAGAUUGAGCAAACAACCGCUCACCAUGAGGGCAAUUAUUCCAAUCUGCUCAAUACGAAUCCUGCCGACUAUGAUUUUUCUCAGUAUGCCGCCGCCACCGAUAACACGGGCAUGCAACCGAGUUUUGAUUCGUCUCUUUUGCUAGAUCCGCAGCAACAGCAGCAAUCACGUCAGUCUACACAGGGUGCUAAGCUAAUGACUCAGGGCGAAAUGGUGGGCCACAUGGGCUCUCCUCAUCUAUUAUCACCUGAACAUCACUCUUCUCCCGGCAAUAGCCAUACGUCCCCGCCCAUGACUUCUGGUCCAUUUUACUCGCCACGACAAUCUCGAAGUGCGUCUCUCGACCCCAUGAGUGCAGCAUUCAUGGGUCAUCCGUCACAAGAAUGGCAGGGCAUGCUAGAAAACCCCGCCUUCCAGGGUCAUCGACGCGCUCCCUCAGAGCAUUCCGAUGUCUCGUCAGUGUCUCAUCACUCUCCUUACGCGGGUCAUCAAGAGUCUUUUGAACCAUUGGAUGGUGCUUCUCCUUCUCUUGCAGCGCAAAAUGACCCUAUUCUGUAUGAAAAUACUCUGGGAAUGGAUAGUUUUACGUUAUCAGAACAACAGCAGCAUCAACGAGGCUUGAGCCCUAAUCAUAGCCCCUACAUUUCGCCACAACUACCUUCCCAAGAUUUGAACGAAGGAUUCAUAUUAAGCGGGCAACAGAACAUGACGCAGUUUCCUGCACUAGCUCAUGACACUUACUCAGGCCCACAAGACGAUAUUGUCAACAUGCAAGGGCCCAACAUGGAUAUGAAUCAGAUGAGCAACAUGGCUCCUCCGCCGUCGAUUAACGUGGAGUUUGCGCCUCCAUCUAGAAUGCCUAGCUUCGGUCCAGGAAACGAAAAUGAUUUUGAUGCACUGUCUCCUCCGUCCCGCUCUCGUGGAAGAAGCAAGUCUGACCCAUUCGGACAGCCGGCCCCUCGUAACCAUUCCCACUCCCAAUCACUAUCACCGGCCGGCAGCGUAGACGCGAUCUUUGGUUCAUCCCCACGUUCUUUAUCUCCAUUUGAUCAAAUGGGAGGCUCCCUGAGCAACCCAGGCUCGCGAAGUGCAUCACCUGCAUCCAGAUCAACACGUCGACAGUCGACAUCUUCUAUUGAAAGGAAAGUUAUACUUGACCUCGCCGACCCUCAGCGGCCAGGCGCAACGCCAAGUGAAUCGAAGAGGACUCAGAAGCAUCCAGCCACCUUCCAAUGUAGUCUCUGUCCGAAACGGUUUACCCGCGCAUAUAACUUACGCUCUCAUCUUCGAACUCACACCGAUGAGCGGCCCUUUGUGUGUUCGGUGUGCGGAAAAGCCUUUGCACGCCAACAUGAUCGCAAGAGACAUGAGGGUCUACACUCCGGCGAGAAGAAAUUCGUAUGCCGCGGCGAUCUCGCUGGGGGUGGUCAGUGGGGCUGUGGACGACGAUUCGCUCGUGCGGAUGCUUUAGGCCGUCAUUUUCGAUCAGAAGCUGGACGCGCUUGUAUCAAAGCCCUUUUGGACGAAGAGGCCAUUGAGAGAAAUCGAAAUUAUCUAGAGCAGCAGCAACAGCAGCAGCAGCAACAUUUGCAACCUGUUCAGCAAACCAUGAUGGUCCCUGGCAUUGACAAUAACCAAUCAGGCGGUGGCGGGUUCACACUUCCAGCAGCACUCUUAGCUCAGUACCCAGCUUUGCAAACUAUACAAUGGGACCAAAUCGCUCCAACAUCCACGGGAGAUGACCCGAGUGAUAUCAGUGCUCGAAAUAGUUUCGAUGCAAGUUCAGGCGGAGAGUUUGGGUUUGAUGAUGACGAAAUAAGCGGGAGCUUUAAUGCCUCGGGAUCUGGCACUAUGUACGAGCAAAAUUUUGCUUUGAAUGCGACAGACCCCAAUUUUACAGGUCACGAAUGGAAUCAAUAA